AUGUAUCUAGUUUUAGAUUUUCUCUUCAAUGGAUUUGAUAAUAAUCUUCGCGUGGAAUUGAACGAGGAUUAUUCAAUUGAAAUUUCUGAAGAUUCAGAAGUAUUCAGAAUAACAGGAUCAAUACAUGAUUUUAUUCCACCAUCAUCAACAUUAACUAAAUUAACUGCAGCUGAACUUAAUCUUGUUUAUCAUGGUGUCCGUCAUGGACAUAAUUAUAUCAGUCAAUCAUGUACAGUUGCAUGGUCUUUUCAAAAAGAUUUUUGA